AUGCAUAGCUUAUCUCAUGGAUUGAUCAGCGCCAAAAGAUUUAUUCUUUUGUUAUAUAAGCUGCUAGUAAGUAGUAAUGGUAAACAGCAAAGUGAUGACAGUGAUGCUUCUGAUAUCAUAACAAUAAAUAUCGUCAACGGUAAUGCUAACGAGAAUGAAGGCAGGCUGUUCACAAAAAAUUCUUUUGUUUAUGAGUGUCGGAAUGAUGUACUUGUAGGGUACGUGGCUGGUGGUGCCUACUUCAUACGAUAUUGGGAAUCGUGGUCGUUUUUUGACGCCUUUUACUUCUGCUUCGUCACGGUGACAACUAUUGGAUUCGGAGAUAUCGUUCCAUUGAAUGUCGACUUUUUUCCUGCCACUCUAGCAUAUAUCAUACUCGGUCUCAUAAUCACAACGAUGUGUAUUGAUCUUGUCGGGAGCGAAUACAUUCGCGACAUUCAUUUCUAUGGACGAAGUCUCGGCAGAUCCUUUAUGACAAUCGGCGGAAAGGUUGUACAUUUGGGUGAAGUAUUCGGCUACGUGGCAUUCCUUCAGAAGAACUACGGUUUAACACCGGAACAGUUAAACAAAUUGGCUCAACUACCUGAAGAGUAUCUCUUGGACUGCCUUAUAAAUGGUCGUCAGCCAGAUUUGAACUGGAUCACCGGUCGUCCCUACGUACCACCCGACAUUUACUACUUUAAGUGGAUAGAGCAUCCAAGGACGCUCUCGUUCGCUUCAGAUCGGGUGUUAGCGAGUAUGGAAAGCCUCGAUCUGAACACUAGCAGGUGCUCAACAGCUCGUACGCUCACACCUCGUGAAUACUAUCAGAAGAUAUUGUUUCAAUACUGUAAACAAAUGCAACCGGAUGACCAAAUAGUCGACAUCGAUCAAUAG